UGAAAAACAAAAGAUUUUUAAAGUUCAAUUUAUUGUUUGAUUCCAUAAUAAUACUGGCAAAAAAACAACGCACUUAUGAAACCAGUUUGAAUUUUGGCGCUUCCCAUGAUCGUGGCAGUCGCAUUGAAGACCUUUUGGAGACUUUUGUUGCCAUGGCAAUUGGCGCGCAAUUCGAUUCCUGUACGAGUUUGUUUGUUCAAUAAAGUUUGUGCAUUGGUUUUGUCAGAAAGCAGAAAGAAAAAUAACACAGUGACCGAAAAUUGAUUUGCAAAACUAGUAAAUUUAUAAAAUUAAUUGCGUUUUUUGCGUUUGUUAUUUUUUUUUUGUGUUGCAUUAAUAUUGCUGGCACAAUGUUCGUGCAAAAGAAAAAACUGGUUGAGCAUGUGCUUGCAAUGCGUGCAAAUGGUGGCAGUGGCAGCGAUGAUGAUGAGGAGGAGGAGGACGAGGGCGACAUUUUGCAGCGUCGACGCGAAGAAUGCGAGCGCAAGGCGCGCCGUGGGGAGAUGGAUCCCCGUUUGGAGUUCACAUUCCAGCUGCUGAUAGACGCCACACAGCUGCCGCGGCAUCAGCUCAUGGACUACAUAUUCGAAGGGGAUAUGCUCGAUGAGAUUAAUCAGCUAUUUCUGCCGAACAUGAAGAACAAGCUGCUGUGGUUCUAUCAGGAGGUGGAUGAGCCGGAACCUCCGCCAGUGGUGGAUGCCAAUAAGCCAGGACCUUCGCGCACAGGCAUGGCAUCGAGCAGCUCGAAGACGCCACAGGGUGGUGCCUCGCCCAGCGGCCUGCCGGCAUCCAAGCAUAAGAAACUGUUCCUAACCGAUGGCUGGACCUGCGCCUUUACCGGCGUCUGUAUUUAUAUCUUUCGCGUGAAUACGUCAAAGCAGCUGCCCGAGGAGGGAUUUCAAAAGGAUUUAUACUGUGGCGUCAUCGACGCCAAGAAUAUUGGCCUGGUCACAUCCAUAGAGCGUAUUGUGGAGUUUGUGUUUAUGCAGGCAUUGGCCUUUCCCAGCCUCGAAGGCGAUGAGGAAGACGUGAGCUGCGGUCUCAUAAAAGGGCAACUGCUGCCGGGAUUGCGCUCCUUUUGCAGCGCUCUGCGCGUUUGUGAGCAGGUCUGCGAUCAUUAUAAUGUGUUUGCCGAUGGCUGCGAUAUGUUUGAUGGCUGCAUAGUUGUCGAGGAGGUCAAGGACAUGGCCAAGAAUCAGGAAUUCUGCACGCAGCUGGAGGAGCGCGUCAACAACUGGACAAAGGGCAUACUGAAAAUACUGGGCGAGAGUGAGCAGCUGCGCAAGGAGAACGAUCACAGCGGACCCCAGGACGAGCUGGAGUAUUGGAAGAAACGUGGCGCACAAUUCUCACAGCUGCUCGCCCAUCUGCAGGACAAGGAAGUGCAAUUCACUCUCCAUUGCCUCUUUCUCGCCGGUUCAAGGGUAAUGCGUCAGUGGAAGGAAACCGAUCGCAAGAUAACAUUCUGCUACAACGAAGCGCGCGACAAUUCCAAGUUUAUACAGGCCAUGGAGACAUGUUGUCAUUCAUUGUAUCUGGACGAUCCUGUCAGCAUGAAGGAGUCCAUAUUGGCUUUGCUUCAGACGGUGCGUCUCAUCUACAGUGUCUCACAAUUCUACAAUACUUCCGAGCGCACCUCGGCGCUAAUGGUUAAGAUUACAAACCAAAUGAUCGAAACAUGCAAGUCCUACAUCACUUGUCGCUGCAAGGAAACUAUUUGGUCUCAAGAUCGUAGCCUUAUUCGCACAAAGCUGAGCAACUGCAUCAAACUGAACCACAUCUAUCAUGAGACCUAUUAUACAGUUCGGGAGCAGCCGUUUCUGCCGCAUCAGACACCAUUUGGCUUCUCUGAGAACUUUGUUUUUGGCAAGUUCGACACAUUCUGCGAGCGUCUCUCGAAGAUAAUAAACAUGUUCAAUCUAAUUGACGAUUAUAAUCAUUUGUUUGAGCGUCGCUUGGAGGGUCUGCUGCUGGGCGAAGCCUUGGAGGAUGCCUCCAAUCAUUUUGAGGAAGCCAAAAAGGAGAUCACAUCGAAGAAAUACGAUUAUCUGGAUCAUCGCAAUGCCGAAUUUAAUGAUGACUUUGAUCGGUUCAUGAAUAAAACCGAUUCGCUGAAGGAUACGAUUGCCACGCUGAUCGAGCGGGACUUUGACACUGUGUGGGAGACGCCUCAAUGCAUACGCUUCCUGGUGCGCUUUGAGAAGGUCAGCGAGAAGAUUCCACUGACCCGUAUGGAUGAGAAGUACACGAGAAUUUUACGCUAUGUGGAAAAGGAGGUCGAUCGCAUAUUAAAGACAUUUCGCCGGCAGCGUGACGAUCCGCCAUUGGCGCGCAACUUUCCGCCCAUCGCAGGUCGCAUUCAUUGGUGUCGCGCCUUAAGUUUACAUCUCACCGAGCUGAUGGAUGCGGUGAUGGACCAUGGGGUUCUUAGCACUCUGCCGCUGGCCAGAGAUCUCGAUGUACGCUUUAAUAAUGUGCUGGACGUGCUGCAGGAAUAUGAGGAUGAGAUUGUAUCCAUUUGGUUGGAUCAGGAUAUAAGUGUCGCAGAUGCCUGCUUGCUCCAGCCGCUGCUCUGUCUGCAGGGCGAUCGCUUGUUUGUAAAUUUGCAUCCGACAAUUCCAUUGCUUAUAAGGGAGGCCAAGAUGCUGGCCAAGCUGAAAAUCGAGCUGCCCAUUGUGGCAGCCACGCUGAUGAGUCGACAACAGUACUUCAUUACCAUUCAGGACUCGCUGAACAGCCUUAUCAAAAUGUUUCUGUCAACGGUCAAGGCUGUCAAGCUGGAGGUGCGUCCACUGUUCCUGCCACAGCUGGUUCGUCUAACGGCCAUGCUGAAGCCGGGUCUGCAUAACAUCAAUUGGACCAACCAGAACUGGACACAAUUCUAUGAGCGCUGCAAGCAGGCCAUUGAGACCUUUGAGGUGCUGGUGGCGCGCGUACAUGACAUCUACUCGAACCGCAUACUCAACGUGCUCAUGUGGAUGCAGGAGGUAUCGCUCCAAAUACUGCCAGCAGACGAUGAGAUCUGGACAGUUGAUGAAUUUUUGGAGCGCAGCGAGGAGGCGUGCAGAAAAGCUGCCAUUGAACUUAAUCGAAAAAGUCAAAUGGUCUCGGAGGCAGUGGAGGAAGUCUUGAAUUUGGUGGACAAGGCAACGGAGACGUUUAAGCAGAUUGCCGGGGAUGAUGUGGUUACCUUGUUCGAUGCCACUCCCAAGGGCGAACAGACGGGCUCGGGAGGGCGCAAAGUGGAGGACGGCGCUGCAGCUGCAGGAACUUCAGGUGCAAACACGUCGGCAGCAGGUGCAACAUCUGGCGCUGGUGCAGGUGGUGGGGGCGGCCAACAGCAGGACUGGAGCAUUUUGUGGUCCUGUUUUGAGAAUCCGCUGACACUGCUCUCCACCUCUGAUAGUUUGCCCAAGGGCAUGCAGGACAUGGUAUGCAAUGCCGUCGUAGAAAUGCGUCGCUAUUAUAGUCGCAAGGUGAUCGAUGUGCUGAUUAAGGUGAUACGUGCAGCGCUGGACACAAUGCGGCGUCGGUUCAUCGCCGAUGAGCAUGAGACGGCAUCAAAGAAACCGAUCUUUGCGUUACACGCGCAGCUGCAGAUACCCAAUGUGGUCAUCAAGCCGAGUCUGGACGAGCUGCAGGAUAUAUUGGUGACGGCUGGCAAGAAUAUCACGGGCAUUGCGAAGGGUGUGGCGCAAUGGACUAGCGGCAAGGAUCCGCCGCAAGUUUCGAUGACGGCCCAGCCGCGCGUCGGACGCAAUCACACGGACGCCGCUGGCGGGUCAAAGAAUCGACGCCGCAAAAUCUAUUGCCUAGCCUCUGAGGAACGACCACAGAUGCCGCAUAUGCUCAAGAGCUUCUACUCGGCCAUUAUGGAUAACAAAGAGGUCGCCAAGGCACUUAAUCAGCUCUCCAGCUGCACCAAGAACAUCAAGCCAGAGAUACAAACCUACAUCAAACGCUGGAAACCGUAUCAUUUUCUUUGGAAAAACGAUCGCACCACGCGGCAGCUGAUGGAGUUUGGACUGCAACAAUUUGAGUCCACAUUGCGUUGUCUGGCGGAACUGGAUGCAAAUCUGCUCGUUGAACCGGACAUGGAGAUCUUUGGACAAUGCGUAGCGGUCUACAAUGAAAGGCUCAAAUAUGGUUUGGCCAUUGAGAUCAAGUCCUGUAACCACAAAAUUGGCCAGGCCAUGAAGAAGAAGUAUAAGAAGGAAAUGGAUUAUGUUUAUGCGGUGAUCAAUGAAAUGGAUCGUAAACUGGACCGGCCCAUACGUGACCUGGACGAUGUGCGUAUGAUAAUGGAGACAUUAAGCAAGAUACGGGAACAGGAGGUGGACAUGGAGAUGCGCAUAGAUCCGAUUGAGGAGGCAUUCAAUGUUCUCACCCGUUAUGAGGUGCAGGUGGAGCGGGAACAGUUCGAUUUGGUCGACAAUUUGCGUACAACGUUUCAGAAUUUGCUGGCCGGAGCACUGCAGGCGCAGGUGAAGCUGUUGGAUAUGCAGCCGGCGUUCCAGGGCGAUUUGCGCAGCAAUCUAGACAACUUUAAGCAGGAUAAGAUUGCCUAUGUGACGGAAUAUCGCACAGCGGGACCCAUGCAGGCGGGUCUGACGCCGCGCGAGGCUUCCGACCGACUGAUUUUGUUCCAGAAUCGUUUUGAGGGCAUGUGGCGCCGCCUACAGACGUACCAAAGCGGCGAGGAACUCUUCGGUCUGCCACAAACGGAUUACCCAGAGCUGGGCCAAAUACGCAAGGAGCUCAAUUUGCUGCAAAAGCUGUACAAGCUAUAUAAUGAUGUUAUUGAUAGGGUUAGCAGCUACUAUGAUAUACCCUGGAACGAGGUGGACAUUGAGGAGAUUAACAACGAGCUGAUGGAGUUCCAGAAUCGUUGUCGCAAGCUGCCCAAGGGGUUGAAGGAAUGGCCAGCCUUUCAUGCUCUGAAAAAGACCAUCGAUGAUUUCAAUGAUAUGUGCCCGUUAUUGGAGUUGAUGGCGAAUAAAGCUAUGAAGCCACGCCAUUGGCAGCGGAUCAUGGACGUUACUCGCUACAUCUUCGAGUUCGACUCGGAGGGUUUCUCGCUCAAGAACAUACUGGAGGCGCCGCUACUCAAGCACAAAGAGGACAUCGAAGACAUUUGCAUUAGCGCCAUGAAGGAGAAGGAUAUAGAGGCCAAGCUGAAGCAGGUGACCAACGAAUGGUCCGUACACGAGCUGCAAUUCAUGAGCUUCAACAAUCGCGGCGAACUGCUGCUGCGUGGCGAUACCACAGCGGAGACCAUUGGCCAGCUAGAGGAUAGUCUCAUGGUGCUUGGCUCACUGCUAUCGAAUCGCUAUAACGCGCCCUUUCGCAAACAAAUCCAGCAAUGGGUCUACGAUCUGUCCAACUCCAACGAGAUACUGGAACGCUGGCUGCUUGUUCAAAACAUGUGGGUCUAUCUGGAGGCUGUCUUUGUGGGCGGCGACAUAGCCAAGCAGCUGCCCAAGGAGGCCAAGCGCUUCUCCAAAAUCGACAAGUCCUGGCAAAAAAUCAUGCAGCGCGCUCACGAGACUCCAGGCGUUGUGGCCUGUUGCGUGGGCGAUGACCUGCUCAAGCAGCUGCUGCCACAUCUUCAGGAGCAGCUAGAAAUUUGCCAGAAAUCCUUGAGUGGUUAUUUGGAACGCAAACGCAUUAUGUUUCCGCGUUUCUUCUUCGUAUCGGAUCCGGCGCUGCUCGAGAUACUUGGGCAGGGCUCCGAUUCGCAUACCAUACAGAAUCAUUUGCUAAACAUCUUCGAUAAUACCAAAUGCGUCAAAUUCCAUGAUGUUGAGUACAAUAAAAUGAUGGCGAUUAUUAGCAGCGAGGGUGAGAUGAUACAGCUGGAUCGUGCCAUACGUGCCGAGGGUUCGGUCGAGACAUGGCUAACUCAAUUGCUGGUCACAGCACAGCAGUCACUGCAUUCCAUAAUACGCACCGCAUAUGCGACAAUAAACGAUCCGAAUUUUACGCUGUUGACCUUCCUAGAGAAGGUGCCGGCUCAAAUCGGUUUAUUGGGUAUACAAAUGAUUUGGACACGCGAUGCAGAAAUGGCUCUGAUGCAGGCCAGGCAUGAGAGGAAGGUCAUGUCCGAGACGAAUAAUAAAUUCCUCGAGAUGCUCAACACCCUUAUCGAUCAGACGACACGCAAUCUAUCCAAGCGUGAACGAACUAAUUUUGAAACAUUAAUCACAAUACAUGUGCAUCAGCGUGAUAUCUUUGAUAUACUGUGCCGCAUGAAUAUCAAAUCCUCGAACGACUUUGAGUGGCUGAAGCAAUGCCGCUUCUAUUUCAAGGAGGAUCUGGACAAGACCUGGAUAUCUGUUACAGAUGUUACCUUUACCUAUCAGAAUGAGUAUCUGGGCUGCACAGACCGUUUGGUUAUAACGCCCUUAACGGAUCGUUGCUACAUUACAUUGGCCCAGGCGCUGACGCUUAGUAUGGGCGGCGCACCGUGCGGACCGGCGGGCACGGGCAAAACGGAAACAGUGAAGGAUAUGGGCAAGACGUUGGCCAAGUAUGUUGUCGUUUUUAAUUGUUCCGAUCAAAUGGAUUACAGGGGUCUGGGACGCAUCUACAAGGGUCUGGCGCAGUCCGGCAGCUGGGGCUGUUUCGACGAAUUCAAUCGCAUUGAGCUGCCCGUUCUCUCUGUGGCCGCCCAACAGGUGGCCGUUGUCCUCACCGCCAAGAAGGAGAAAAAGAAAACAUUCCUAUUCACGGAUGGCGACACCAUCGAAAUGAAUCCCGAGUUCGGCAUCUUCAUAACCAUGAAUCCUGGAUAUGCUGGUCGCAAGGAGCUGCCGGAGAAUUUGAAAAUUCAAUUUCGCACGGUGGCCAUGAUGGUGCCGGAUAGACAGAUAAUCAUAAGAGUUAAAUUGGCUAGUUGUGGAUUUUUGGAGAACAUAACGCUGGCACGCAAAUUCUAUACCCUGUACAAGCUGUGCGAGGAGCAGCUAACCAAACAGGUUCACUAUGAUUUCGGUCUAAGGAAUAUAUUAUCGGUGCUGCGCACAUUGGGCGCAGCGAAGCGCCGGAACUCUAAGGAUAGCGAGAGUACGAUUGUGAUGCGGGUCCUGCGCGACAUGAAUCUAUCCAAGCUGAUAGACGACGAUGAGCCAUUAUUCAUAUCGCUCGUGUCGGAUUUGUUUCCCAAUCAGACUCUCGAAAAGACCAACUACCCUGAAUUGGAGGCAGCUAUACUACAGCAAACGGAAGAGGCUAGUCUGGUCUACCAUCCUCCAUGGGUUCUAAAGCUAAUACAGCUGUAUGAGACGCAGAAUGUGCGACACGGCAUCAUGACUCUGGGCCCCAGUGGCGCUGGCAAAAGCACCUGCAUCCACACCCUAAUGAAGGCCAUGACACAAAUGGGCGAUAGCCAUCGUGAGAUGCGCAUGAAUCCCAAGGCCAUAACGGCGGCUCAGAUGUUUGGACGCCUCGAUGUGGCCACCAAUGACUGGACCGACGGCAUCUUCUCGGCGUUGUGGCGGAAGACGCUCAAGCUAAAAGCUGGCGAGCAUGUGUGGCUGGUUCUGGAUGGCCCUGUGGACAGCAUUUGGAUAGAGAACUUGAACUCUGUUCUGGAUGAUAAUAAGACCCUUACCCUGGCCAAUGGCGAUCGGCUGACCAUGGCACCUACGGUUAAGAUCAUCUUUGAGCCACAUAAUAUUGAUAAUGCGUCGCCGGCAACGGUUUCACGCAACGGCAUGGUCUACAUGAGCUCCUCCGGCCUGGAUUCUCGACCGAUUGUUCAGGCUUGGCUCAAGAAUCGUGCGCCUGGUGAGAAGAGCACGUUCUCCCAUCUCUUUGAGCAGACCUUCGUCGAGGUCUACAAUUGGGGUGCACAGAAUGUGAAGCUACAAAUGCCUGUGCUGCAGUGCAACAUAGUGCAGCAGAUGCUGUUUAUAUUGGAGGGUCUAAUACCCUGCAAAAAGGAUGACGAGCAGGCUGUCAGCUUAUCCAGCAAGGAGAGUCAAGAUGCGGCCAAGCGUUUCGAGCAUCAAAAACAAAUCGAAGAAGCGCGACGGCAAUCGAUUGGCAGUCAGAUUGUCGACGAUGUGCCCGAUGAAAGCGCCGUGCAGGAGAAGGAGGAUAUGUGUACGCCGGAGCAUUUGCAGCGCUUGUAUGUAUUUGCGCUGGCCUGGGGUCUAGGGGGUUAUCUCUCAACUAGCGAUCGCGUUAAGAUGCAUCUAUUUGUUAAGGAAUCGUUUCCGCAGUUGGACUACCCGAAGGGUAGUGCCCAUGAGAAUACAAUAUUUGACUUUUUCGUUUCUCCAACGGGCGUGUGGCAGUCGUGGAAGACGCUAGUCACACCCUAUAUGUAUCCGGAGCUUUCCACACCGGACUAUUUAAGCAUUCUGGUGCCCAUUGUGGAUAAUGUGCGUAUCGACUAUCUGAUCGGCACAAUUGCCAAUCAGGAGCGCGCCGUGAUGGUCAUCGGCGAACAGGGCACCGGCAAGACCGUCAUUAUGAAGAACUUUAUGAAGAAAAUGAACAUUGAGACCUACAUGGGCAGGUCGUUUAAUUUCUCAUCGGCAACCAGUCCCUAUCAGUUUCAGCGCACAAUCGAAAGCUAUGUGGAGAAGCGGGUUGGUGUCACAUUUGGACCGCCCGGUGGUCGGAAAUUGAUUGUCUUCAUCGAUGACAUUAAUUUGCCCGAGAUCAAUGAAUGGGGCGAUCAGAUAACCAACGAGAUUGUGCGACAGUCCAUGGACAUGAAGGGCUUCUAUAGCCUGGAGAAACCGGGCGAUUUCACCACCAUUGUGGAUGUACAAUAUGUGGCGGCCAUGGGCCUGCCCGGCGGUGGACGCAAUGAUAUACCAUCUCGCCUGAAGCGACAGUUUUGCGUAUUUAAUUGCAAUAUACCCGACAACGACUCCAUUGAUAAGAUCUUCCGCGUUAUCGGUGAGGGUCAUUAUAAUGCCAAGCGCGGUUUUGUGCCCGAAGUUCGCAAUCUGGUCAAGAAAUUGAUCCUGGUGACACGACAUCUGUGGCAGCGCACGCGCGAAAAACUAUUGCCUACGCCGGCAAAAUUCCACUACGUAUUCAGUUUGCGCGAUUUGUCGCGUAUCUGGCAGGGCAUGGUUGGCACCUUAUCCACAGUGAUUACCGCGGAGAGUGUGCUCAUGUCAUUGUGGAAGCAUGAGUGUACGCGUGUGUUUGCCGAUCGUUUUACCACAUUCCAGGACAAGGAAUGGUUCGGCUCAGAGUUGGCGGCGCUAGUGCGCGAGGAGCUGGGCGAGUCCCAUUCCCAAAUGAUAAUACCGAAUCCGGUAUUUGUGGACUUCAUGCGGGAUGCCCCCGAGCCGACUGGCGAGGAGGGUGAGGACACUGAUAUGGAAUUACCCAAAGUUUAUGAACCGGUGAACUCUCAUAACUCGUAUGAAGCGCUUCGCGAGCGUCUCGUAAUGUUUCUCGCCCAAUUCAAUGAGAUGGUGCGAGGCUCCGGAAUGGAUUUGGUUUUCUUCCCAGAUGCAAUGCUGCAUUUGGUGAAGAUCUCCCGCAUCAUUCGGCAUCCGAGAGGCAACGUCAUGCUGGUCGGGGUCGGAGGUUCUGGAAAACAGUCGCUAACGAAAUUGGCAUCCUUCAUUGCCGGCUACAAGACAUUCCAAAUUGCGUUGACGCGUUCGUACAAUGUGGCCAACUUUUUAGAGGACCUAAAGCUGCUCUAUCGCACCUGCGGCGUUCAGGGCAAGGGCACAACCUUUCUCUUCACCGAUAUGGAUAUCAAAGAGGAAGGUUUCCUCGAGUAUCUCAAUAAUAUACUCUCGAGCGGUGUCAUAUCAAAUCUCUUCUCGCGCGAUGAGCAGGCCGAAAUCGUGCAGGAAUUGACGCCGGUCAUGAAACGCGAGAAUCAACGCAAAACAGCGACCCCGGAAAGUGUGAUGGAAUUCUUUUUGGCGCGCACCUGCACCAAUUUGCAUGUGGCAUUUUGUUUCUCGCCAGUGGGUGAGACAUUUAGGUCGCGGGUGCAGCGUUUUCCCGCCUUGGUCUCCGGCUGCACCAUCGAUUGGCUGCAUCCGUGGCCCAAGGACGCAUUGGUCUCGGUUGCCAGACACUUUCUCAGCCACUUCGAGAUUGAGUGUACACCGGCCGUUAAGGAAGAGCUUGUGAAUGCGCUCGGCUCCAUUCAGGACAUUGUUGCUGAAACAUCGCACGAAUAUUUCCAGCGUUUCCGUCGCGCCACUCACGUGACACCCAAAUCUUAUCUGAACUUCAUUGCCGGUUACAAGAACAUUUACCAGCUCAAGCAGCAAGAGCUGCGCGAUGGUGUGGAGAAGAUGGAUACGGGCUUGGAGAAACUGAAAGAGGCCUCCGCCUCCGUUGAGAUACUUAAAAAAGAUCUAGUCGUCAUGGAGGAAGAGCUUGUCGAAGCCUCCAAAAACGCUGAAUCUGUGCUAGUUGAGGUUACCGAGCGUGCAAUGCAAGCGGAGAUAGUCAAGAAUCAGGUUCUCAUUGUCAAGGACAAGGCCGAGGCUCUCGUUGCAUGUAUUGCUAAUGAGAAGGCCUUGGCCGAGGAGAAACUGGAGGCGGCAAAGCCAGCCUUGGAGGAGGCCGAGAAUGCGCUUAACACUAUCAAACCCGCUCACAUAGCCACGGUGCGUAAGCUAGGUCGACCGCCGCAUCUCAUAAUGCGCAUCAUGGACUGUGUGCUCAUCCUUUUCAAACGUAAGCUGCAUCCCUGCAUACCUGAUUCCGGUACACCGUGCCCCAAACCCUCCUGGCAGGAGUCGCUAAAGAUGAUGGCUAGCGCCACGUUCCUGCUGCAGCUGCAGAACUACCCCAAGGAUACCAUCAAUGAUGAGAUGAUUGAUCUGCUGCAGCCCUACUUUCGCAUGGAGGACUACAACAUGGAUAUGGCGCGUCGUGUAUGCGGUGACGUUGCUGGUCUCCUUUCCUGGACAAAGGCCAUGGGCUUCUUUCACAGCGUCAACAAGGAGGUGCUGCCACUGAAGUCAAAUCUCACGUUGCAGGAGGCGCGCCUCAAGCUGGCCAUGGACGAUCUGUCUGGUGCCGAGGAGCAGCUGCGCGAGCGCGAGGAAGCACUCCAGGCGGUCAAGGAUCAGUACGACAAGGCCGUAGGUGAAAAGCAACGCCUUAUGGAUGCGGCAAAUGUAUGUCUGCGCAAGAUGACGGCCGCCACGGCCCUUAUCAAUGGCUUGUCCGAUGAGAAGCAUCGCUGGACCAACCAGAGCAAGGAGUUCAAAAUACAGCUGGGCAAGCUGGUGGGCGAUGUACUUCUAGCCACAGGAUUUCUCUCCUAUUGCGGCCCAUACAAUCAAGAAUUUCGAGCCAAUCUAAUUAGGACCUGGAUGGGCAUACUGAAGCAGAAGUGCAUACCCUUCACCACAGGCCUUAACAUUAUCAAUAUGCUGGUGGACUCCUCAACUGUAUCCGAGUGGACGCUCCAGGGACUGCCCAAUGAUGACUUAUCCGUGCAGAAUGCGCUAAUUGCGACCAAAUCGAGUAGCUAUCCGCUGCUGGUGGAUCCGCAGACGCAGGGCAAGAUCUGGAUCAAAUGCAAGGAGGAUCGCAAUGAGCUGCAGAUAACCUCGCUAAAUCACAAAUACUUUCGCACACAUCUUGAGGACUCGUUGUCCCUGGGCAGGCCAUUGCUUAUUGAGGAUGUGGGCAUAGAUCUGGAUCCGGUUAUAGACAAUGUGCUCGAGAAGAACUUCAUCAAGUCGGGCAGCAUUGAAAAGGUGCUGGUGGGAGAUAAGGAGUGCGAUGUAAUGCCUGGCUUUAUGCUUUACAUAACCACCAAGCUGCCCAAUCCGGCCUUCAGUCCGGAGGUCAGCGCCAAGACCUCAAUUAUUGAUUUCACAGUGACCAUGCGUGGCUUGGAGGAUCAGCUGCUGGGGCGUGUCAUACUCAUGGAGAAGUCCGAUCUGGAAGCGGAACGAGUAGCGCUCUUCGAGACGGUCAUGCGGAAUCAGCGCAACAUGAAGGAACUCGAGGCGAAUCUAUUGCUGCGCCUCAGCUCCUCCCAGGGCUCACUGGUCGACGAUGAGGCGUUGAUCGAGGUGCUGCGCGUAACUAAAACCACCGCCGAGGAGGUCAACCAGAAGCUUAAAAUCUCUGAGGUUACCGAACGCAAGAUUAUGAAGGCGCGCGAAGAGUUCCGUGCGGUGGCAAAGCGCGGUUCCAUACUCUAUUUUCUGAUUGUCGAGAUGAGCAAUGUGAAUGCUAUGUAUCAGAAUUCUCUGAAGCAGUUCCUGGUCAUAUUCAACAACUCAAUUACCAAGUCAACCAAGUCCAGCGUCACCGAGGAGCGCAUCAAUAUUAUCCUACGCUAUCUCACCUAUGAGGUCUACAAGUUUACCAAUCGCAGUCUCUACGAGCGCCACAAGCAGCUCUUCACCCUGAUGCUGGCUAUUAAGAUUGAUUACCAUAAUGGCAAUAUUAGCCAUGAGGAAUUCUUGACUUUUAUCAAGGGUGGCGCCUCGUUGGAUUUGAACGCUGUGGCGCCCAAACCAUUCCGCUGGAUUUUGGAUAUCACCUGGUUGAACUUGGUGGAGAUUAGCAAGCUGGAAACCUUCGCCACGGUGCUGCAAAUCAUUGAGCUAAACGAGCGAGACUGGCGCAGCUGGUAUGAGUGCGAAAAGCCGGAGAAUGAGGAGAUACCUUGUGGCUAUAAUGCUUUAUUGGACAGCUUUCGCAAGCUGCUGCUCAUACGUUCCUGGUGUCCGGAUCGCACAAUAUCCCAGGCCAAGAAGUAUAUAGAAGAAUCCUUGGGACCCGAGUACAGUGAGAUGCAAAUCUUGGAUUUGGAGGCUACCUGGGCCGAGUCGGAGCCACGCACACCUUUUGUCUGCCUACUGUCCAUUGGCUCGGAUCCGACUACACAAAUUGGUGCACUGGCCAAGCAGAAGGGCAUCACCCUUAAAUGCGUUUCCAUGGGUCAGGGUCAGGAGUAUCAUGCGCGCAAAAUGAUCAUGGAGUCAAUGGCCAAUGGCGGCUGGGUGUUGCUUCAAAAUGUGCAUCUAUCGUUGCCCUUCUGCUCGGAGGUCAUCGAUAUGCUGGUCGAGACGGAGCACAUUGAUGAUACCUUUCGCAUGUGGGUCACCACCGAGCCACACUCGGAGUUUCCCAUUGGCCUGCUCCAGAUGGCGCUCAAAUUUACUAACGAGCCGCCGCAGGGCAUACGCGCCAGUCUGAAGCGCAGCUACCAGUCCUUUACGCAGGACUUUUUGGACUACACCUCCGCGACGCAAUGGCCUUGCUUGCUGUAUACAGUUGCCUUUCUGCACACCAUCGUCCAGGAACGACGCAAAUUCGGUCCGCUCGGCUGGAAUAUACCCUAUGAAUUCAAUCAAGCGGACUUUGCCGCUAGCGUGCAGUUUAUACAGAAUCAUCUGGAUGAAAUGGAUCCCAAGAAGGGCGUCUCCUGGCAAACGCUUGUCUAUAUGAUUGGCGAGGUGCAAUACGGCGGCCGUGUCACAGAUGAUUUUGACAAGCGCCUUCUGACCACAUUCACCUCGGUGUGGUUCUGCGAACAGCUGUUGUCCAAUUCCUUUGAAUUCUACAAGGGCUACAAGGUGCCCAGCACAAAGAGUCUGCAGGGUUUCAUCGAUUACAUCAAUAGUCUGCCCGCCUACGACACGCCCGAAGUGUUUGGCUUGCAUUCCAAUGCUGACAUCACGUACCAGAUUAACUCGGCCAAAGGCAUACUCGAUACCAUACUUAGUGUGCAGCCCAAGGAGGGUGGCGGCGGGGGUGGCGAGUCCCGGGAAAGCAUCGUCUAUCAACUGGCCGAGGAUAUGCUGCGCAAGCUGCCGGCCCAGUACAAUGAGUACGAGGUGCGUGAGAAUCUGACACGCAUGGGCAUCCUGCUGCCAAUGAACAUCUUUCUCAGGCAGGAAAUCGAUCGCAUGCAACGCGUCAUCAAACGCGUCCACACAUGCUUAUGCGAUCUGAAGCUGGCCAUAGAUGGGACCAUUGUGAUGAGUCCGGCGCUCAAGGAGUCACUGGAUGCCAUGUAUGAUGCCCGUAUACCGGAGACCUGGAUGAAGAUAUCCUGGGAGUCCACAACGCUUGGCUUUUGGUACACUGAGCUGUUGGAGCGCAAUGGACAAUUUCGUAAUUGGAUAUCUACGGAUCGUCCAAAGGUAUUCUGGAUGACGGGUUUCUUUAAUCCACAAGGUUUUCUGACCGCCAUGCGGCAAGAGGUAACACGAGCGCACAAAGGCUGGGCACUCGACUCGGUUGUGCUGCAGAAUCAAAUAACGCGAUACAACAAGGAGGACAUUACCGAGUAUCCCACAGAGGGUGUAUACGUGAAUGGACUCUUUCUGGAAGGCGCCUCACUGGAUCGACGCAGCGGCAAGCUGAUUGAGUCCAAAAUGAAGGUGCUCUACGAACAAAUGCCUGUUAUAUAUAUAUAUGCCAUUAACACAACCGCCGGCAAGGAUCCCAAGCUGUAUGAGUGCCCAAUUUAUAGGAAGCCGCAGCGCACCGACCUCAAGUAUGUGGGCUCCAUUGAUUUCGAGACCGAUUUCAAUCCCAAACACUGGACACUGCGCGGCGUUGCGUUGCUCUGUGACAUCAAAUGA